CUUCACCCUGUGGCUUGACGACGGCUUCUGUGACAAACAAAACCCUCUCAAAACCCUAAAUCCGUAGAAGCAAUGUCGGAGGUCGAAAUCUCCCGGUCGGAGAAGAAGAAGCAUAAGAAGAAGUCAGAUGCUGACUCCGUCACCGAUGCCGACGCCGGCGCCAACGCCGACGCGGGAGACUUCAUGAUCAAGCCGCAGAGCUUCACUCCCGCCAUCGACACGUCCCAGUGGCCCAUCCUCCUCAAGAACUAUGACCGCCUCAACGUUCGGACCGGACACUACACUCCUCUCCCGUCCGGCUUCUCUCCCCUGAAACGGCCCUUGCAAGAGUAUAUCAGGUACGGUAUCAUCAACCUCGACAAACCUGCCAACCCUUCCUCUCAUGAGGUCGUUGCUUGGAUCAAACGUAUCCUCCGUGUCGAGAAAACGGGUCACAGUGGAACCCUCGACCCCAAAGUCACUGGGAAUCUCAUUGUAUGCAUCGAUCGAGCCACACGGCUCGUGAAAUCGCAGCAAGGUGCCGGCAAAGAGUAUGUCUGUGUUGCCCGUUUGCACUCUUCUGUCCCAGAUGUCGCCAAGGUUGCUAGAGCCCUCGAAACGCUCACUGGAGCUGUGUUUCAGAGGCCGCCUCUGAUCUCCGCCGUGAAAAGGCAACUUAGGAUCAGGACAAUAUACGAAAGCAAGCUGCUCGAGUAUGAUGUAGACAAGCAUUUGGUUGUUUUCUGGGUUUCCUGUGAGGCAGGUACGUAUAUUAGGACCAUGUGUGUUCAUUUGGGUCUGCUUCUAGGGGUUGGAGGGCAUAUGCAGGAGUUGAGGAGGGUAAGGUCUGGGAUUUUGGGUGAGAGAGAUAACAUGGUAACGAUGCAUGAUGUGAUGGAUGCCCAGUGGAUGUAUGAUAAUUAUAGGGAUGAGACUUAUCUUAGGAGGGCCAUCAUGCCACUUGAAGUGUUGUUGACUAGCUACAAGAGGCUGGUCGUGAAGGAUUCUGCUGUGAAUGCCAUCUGUUAUGGUGCGAAGCUGAUGAUUCCUGGAUUGUUGAGAUUUGAGAACGACAUUGAGGUUGGUGAAGAAGUUGUUCUUAUGACCACGAAAGGUGAGGCCAUAGCUAUCGGGAUUGCGGAAAUGACAACAGCUGUGAUGGCUACUUGUGAUCAUGGUGUGGUGGCUAAGAUCAAGCGAGUGGUGAUGGACAGAGACACAUACCCGAGGAAGUGGGGACUGGGACCUAGGGCUUCGAUGAAGAAGAAGCUUAUCUCUGAGGGGAAGCUGAAUAAGCAUGGUAAGCCAAACGAGAAAACUCCCCAAGAGUGGCUGAGGAAUGUGGUUUUGCCUCCGGGUGGGGAUGCUAUGGUUGCUGGUAUAGCUGCUGCUCCAGAGAAGGUAACCCCGGCUGUCGAGGAGGAGAAGAAGGUCGAGCAUGAGAAUGGCGAAGGUGGGGAGAAGCGGAAGCGAAAAUCGGAUGAAAGCAGUGAUAGCCCUGCUCCAGUUCCAGCUAAGAAAUCGAAAACCAAAGAAGAGGCCAAGGAAAAGGGAGAAGAGAAAGAGGAAGAAGAAUCUGACAAGAAGGAGAAGAAGAAGAAGAAAAAGAAGGAUAAAGAAGGGUCUGAAGAGGAGGAAGCGGAGAAGGUGAAGAAGAAAAAGGAUCACAAGAACAACGAUGAGUCUUCACCCAAGCCCGAGAAGUCGGAGAAGAAGAAGAAAAAGAAGAGCAAGGAGAAUGAGGAACCUGCAAAUGGUGAAGAUGAAGCAGAAGCAGAAAAGAGUGAGAAGAAGAAGAAGAAGAAGAAAGAGAAGAAGAAGAAGAAAGAUGGAGAUGAAGAAGAAUGAGAACUCUGGUCGAAAUUUUGAUUACUGGUAUCUACUCGUGAAACAGGUGAGACGAAAGGCAGUCUUUGCUUUGUAUUCAAGUCUCACUUCAUUCCUUGUCCUUUUCAAAUUGUAAUGUUUUCCCAAACUUCAUAUGUCGUGUUUCUUUUUCUUCCUAGUUGUUGCUUUUUUUUCUUUCUUUGGAUUCGGUCGAAGGGUCGGCCCAAUUAGGUGUUAGUAACUCAUAAUUGGGCCUAUUGGGCUUUUUGGCCUGACAAGUCCAGUCUCUUCUAAUCGGAUAUAUCUAAAUAGUUUUUAGUGUG